AUGACAUCAAGUCUUAUAGAGACCGGGAGCACCCGGCUCAUCCGGGAAACGGCCGUUAACCAGCUCGCGGACUGGCAAAAGCAGCAUCCUGAUGAACUUUUAACCUAUUGUCGCGCGAUAGGUAAAAUUAUUGAGCAUGCUCCGGUGUAUGAUCCAAACGAAGAUGACGGCGACUCCGGUAGCUUCCUCGACAAGAAAGAGGAGGUGCCUGACAGUAACGGCCAGGUAAAGAAAGAAGAGGGUGAUGGCGAUCUACCACUUGGAACGGGCGACUAUCUCCAGCUCGAGUCUUUACCCGUCGUAUCCAUCGUCAAGAACGGUCGCGAGCUACUCCGGGGCGGUCAAAUCGAUUUCGGUCUCGCCGCACUAGAGCCUCAAGAGCGCCUUGCCUACCUCAAACAGACGUUACCCGCUCGCCUAGGAUUGUUAGGUCGACGUGUCGAGGACGACGAACUCCCGCCGAUCCCAGUUAACGGAAACGCUCAGACACCAGGUGGCGAUGGCGCUAAUCACGCCACGCUAGGUCGAGGUGAUAGCAUGGCGGGAAAUAGUCAAAGCCAAGGAGGCGAAGAGGCCGGGUUAAGUUCGCGGCAGCUCAACGUCUUGAAGCGGAAACGGAAACGAGAGGCACAGAAGGCUGCGCAGGGGAAAUCCGGCUUUGGAGAUCUUUCCAUCAGGCGUUCUGGCACAGCAGGCUCAGAGGGUUUCGGCGAUGAAACGCCAACAGCUGAUCCCGAAUCGAAAAAGAACGGGAAACUCAACGAUUACUUUAGUCUUGAACGACCCGCUGACGUCGACGAGGACACCAAGGUUGUUAGCGAAUUCAAGGGACCCUCUGUGGAGAUCAAGACUGAACUCCAGGUGGACGCAGCCCUUGAAGGCGCUGAAUGGCCAUAUGAGCGCCUCUCCGAAUUCCUUAAAAUGGAUCUAUUUGACCCUAAGUGGGAGACCCGCCACGGCGCCGCCCUCGCUCUUCGUGAGGUAGUUCGGGUACAUGGCGGUGGAGCCGGCCGUUGCCGUGGCAAGUCACGCAACGAAAACGACAAGCUCAACAAGGUCUGGCUCGAUGACCUUGCUUGCCGACUAUGCGCCGUGCUCAUGCUAGAUCGCUUCACCGAUUACAGCUCAGACACCUCGGUUGCUCCCAUUCGAGAGAGCAUCGGUCAAACUCUUGGCGCUGCUCUGCGCCACCUUCCGCCCACUUCUGUAUAUGGCAUAUAUCAUUUGCUAUACCAAAUGGUAAUGCAGGAAGGGACCCCUUUGAACGAUCUGCUUGGGCAGAAGGACUUGCUUCUCGAGGACGCUAAACUAGUGGAUGGCGUCUGCAACGCUGUCAUGAAGGGGCUCGGUGAUGUUGACGACGAUGUCCGCUCUGUGAGCGCCGCCACACUAAUUCCCAUGGCCAAGGAGGUCGUUACGCUUCGCCCGCACUCCUUGGAUGCGCUCAUCAAUAUCGUCUGGGAGAGCCUUUCUAAUCUUGGUGACGACCUUUCCGCGAGUACUGGAAAGAUCAUGGACCUGCUGGCGACACUUUGCAGCUUCCCCGAGGUUCUUCGCACCAUGAAGCAGUCGGCAGCAAUGGACGAAGAGAGAUCCUUUACCCUUCUUGUACCACGCCUUUAUCCUUUCCUCCGUCAUACCAUUACCUCGGUCCGCCUUGCCGUUCUCAAAGCGCUCAUGACUUUUGCCAAUCUUGGUGAAGAUGCCUCUCAAGGGUGGUUGAAUGGCAGGAUCUUACGCCUCAUCUUCCAGAAUAUCGUCGUCGAGAGGGAUAAGGAGACACUAAACACGUCUAUUGAGCUCUGGCUCACGUUAGUGAAGUGCCUCAGCCACAAUCCUACACACUUGGCUGAGGAGUUUGGAGCCCAUGCCGAGGCUAUGCUAGAACUCGCCCUCCAUCCCAUUGACCCGCAACAAAGGGCAACUAAACGAAGGAGGAAGUCGACCAAGGUUGAGGAAGCUCCGGUGCCAUCCAACACUCACGAUGUUGACGGCCAUAUGAUCCAAGGCGAAGUUGACCUGGUUGGCAUCGAGGUGCUGAUUCGCUCUCGCGUGUCAGCUUCGCGCGCGAUGGGUUUCUUGAUGGCGAAGCUUCCGGUCCAGGUUUUCCCGCAGUACGCCGCCUUGGUUCUGCACGGGCUAUCGUCACCCUAUUCUUCUACCCAGAUGACGGCCUCAGUUCUGAUUGAAGAAUUUGCCAAGGCUGUCUCCUCCCCUCAGCUAGCGGAAAGCUUCAUCGGUCCACUUCAAGAGAUGAUUGAAGCUGAGCGCCCCUCUCACUACCGGGACCUGACAAGCUACGUCCAAAGGGCUCGAUCCCAAUGCCAGUCUCUCUUCCAUCUCUUCCGUGAUCAUGGCAAGGUCUCCGCGAGCAAACUUCCGAUUCUCCCGGUUGUCGUCCAAGGCGAACCCGAGGCCGGGCCUGGCGCCUUCUCCAUUGCUACUGCGGAGAAAUGCGUGACGGAGGACUUUGAGCGCCUCAAGAAGGCUGUACCUCCCGGGCAGAAGCUAAUUGCCGGAAAGCAACUUGAAGAGGCUCGCGACCUUACCCUUCAAACCAUUACUGAGGCGAAGCUUGCCAAGGGGGUGCGGGACGUUCGCAUCAGGGCUGCUGCCGCCGCUAGUUUAGUCGCCAUGCAGGUUUUCCCCAAGAAGCUGAGCACCCUCAUCAAGGCAAUCAUGGAUAGCGUCAAGACAGAGGAAAACCUAGAACUUCAAAACCGGUCAUCGGCUACCAUUGCGGGUCUCAUUCGUGUCUUCACGGAUAAGGGCCGCCGUGGUCCCGCUGAGAAGGUCCUUUCUAACCUGGUGAAGUUUUCUUGCGUUGAAGUAGCCGAGACGCCAGAGUUCUCCCCUCACGCCGCCAAGACUAAUGUUAUCUUAUCCAUGCAAAAAGAAGAGGACCGGGUCGAUCACGUUGACGCAGCCAAGUUUGCGCGAGAAGCCAGGGCGGCGCGCAUUACUCGACGUGGUGCCAAGGAAGCGUUGGAGGUCUUGGCCCGUUCUUACGGAGCAAAUCUCCUUACGCAAGUCCCUAGUCUGAAGGGCUUCAUGGAAAACUCGCUGGUCAAGGGAUUCUCGGGUGCCCUCCCUGAGGAGGUUCACGAUCCCGAAAGCAUUUUCGGCCAAGAUGUCAUUGAUUCCCUCUCGGUUAUUCGCACACUGGCCCCAACUCUCGACUCCGCCAUCCAUCCUUUCCUCAUGCAGAUGGUGCCGUACGUGAUCAAAGCCCUCCACUCCGAGCUCUCCGUCUUCAGAUACAUGGCUGCCAAGUGCAUGGCCACAUUGUGCAGCGUCCUCACGGUCGAAUGCAUGACGGUGCUCGUUGAAAAGGUCUUGCCAUCCAUCAGCAACCCGGUAGAUCUCCACUUCCGGCAGGGUGCAAUUGAGGUCGUGUAUCACCUUAUCGCCGUGAUGGGCGAUGCCAUCCUUCCUUACGUCAUCUUCCUCAUUGUCCCGGUUCUAGGACGUAUGAGCGAUUCCGAUAACGAUAUCCGACUAAUCGCCACGACAUCAUUUGCCACUCUUGUCAAACUCGUUCCUCUUGAAGCGGGCAUCCCAGAUCCGCCAGGCCUUUCCCAGGAAUUGCUCCAGGGCAGAGAACGCGAGCGAACCUUUAUUGGCCAGCUUCUCGAUCCCAAGAAGAUUGAGUCUUUCAAGAUUCCGGUGGCGAUCAAGGCAGAACUUCGUUCGUACCAGCAGGAGGGCGUCAACUGGUUGCAUUUCCUCAACAAAUAUCAUCUCCAUGGCAUUCUCUGCGACGACAUGGGUCUUGGUAAAACGCUGCAGACUCUUUGUAUCGUCGCUAGCGACCACCAUCAGCGCGCAGAAGAGUUUGCUAAGACUGGGGCUUCCGACCAAGAAAUCAAGGCGUACGCCCCUUUCCUGACUGUCGCGGCUUAUGUGGGCCCGCCCUCGGAACGCAAACUGGUGAAAGAGAAGCUCGACCAACCAGACAUUGUCAUCACGUCAUACGAUGUCUGCCGAAACGACAUUGAGCUUCUCGAAAAGUAUAACUGGAAUUACGUUGUGCUGGACGAGGGACACUUGAUCAAGAAUUCCAAGGCCAAGACGUCGAUGGCGGUUAAGCGGUUGGCAAGUAACCACAGACUUAUCUUGACAGGAACCCCGAUCCAGAACAACGUUGUCGAGCUUUGGUCGCUGUUCGAUUUCCUGAUGCCUGGGUUCCUCGGAGCGGAAAAGGUGUUCCAGGAUCGGUUUGCGAAGCCCAUUGCCAACAGCCGAUUCAGCAAAGCCUCGUCCAAAGAGCAAGAAGCCGGCGCGUUGGCGAUCGAGGCGUUGCACAAGCAGGUGCUUCCGUUCUUGCUCCGUCGACUCAAGGAAGAGGUGCUCAACGACCUCCCGCCCAAGAUUCUCCAAAACUACUAUUGCGAUUUGAGCGACCUGCAGAAGAAGCUCUUUGAGGACUUUUCAAAGAAGCAGGGCAAGAAGCUGCAAGCAGAAGCCGGAAAGGAUGACAAGGACGCGAAACAGCACAUUUUCCAGGCGUUGCAAUACAUGCGAAAACUCUGCAACUCACCGGCCCUCGUCAUGCGACCGGAGCACGCGCAGUAUGCAGACACGCAGCGGCUGCUGGCGAAGCAAGGGACCAGCCUCGAGGACCCCGUUCACGCUCCCAAGCUCACUGCGCUCAAGGACCUACUUGUCGACUGCGGUAUCGGGGUCGAGGGCGAUAACAACGACCCUCUCUACCAGCCCAUCAAGCCCCAUCGCGCCCUCAUCUUCUGUCAAAUGAAGGAAAUGCUUGAUAUGGUUCAAAACACAGUGCUCAAAAGGAUGCUUCCGUCUGUCUCCUUCUUGCGCAUGGACGGAUCAGUCGAGGCCAACAAACGACAAGACAUUGUCAACAAGUUUAACAGUGACCCGUCCUACGAUGUUCUUCUCCUGACGACCAGCGUGGGCGGUCUCGGUCUGAACUUGACUGGCGCGGACACGGUCAUUUUCGUGGAGCACGACUGGAACCCUCAAAAGGACCUCCAGGCCAUGGACCGAGCCCAUCGCAUCGGGCAAAAGAAGGUUGUGAAUGUUUACCGCCUCAUCACCCGCGGAACGUUGGAGGAGAAGAUUCUCAGCCUCCAACGGUUCAAGAUUGACGUUGCAUCCACGGUGGUAAACCAGCAGAACGCAGGGCUCUCCACAAUGGACACGGACCAGAUCCUGGACCUGUUCAAUAUAGGAGACGACGGAGGACUCAUGUCUGACAAACCGCAAGGGGCGGCCAGCAUCGAAGGCCGCGAAGAAGACGUGAUUGACGUAGAGACGGGUGAAGUGCGGGUGACUGGGAAGAAGGGCUGGCUUGACGGGCUGGGCGAGCUUUGGGACAACCAACAGUACGAGGAGAGCUUCGAUCUCGACGGCUUCCUUAAGACCAUGCAAUGA